AUGGAAAAUAGGGAUCAGGUUGCAGCUCAAAACCAUGCUUGUGCUUCCUGCAAGCAUCAGAGGAGAAAAUGUGAUGAGACCUGUGAAAUGGCCCCAUACUUUCCAGCCAGCAGGUACAGUGAGUUCCAACAUGCUCAAAAGAUCUUUGGUGUGAGCAACAUCCAAAAGAUCAUGGCCAUGGCUGCACCUGAUCAAAGACAGGCAGCUGCUGAAAGCAUUCUCACAGAAGGGAAUGCAAGGAAAAAUGAUCCUGUGCAUGGUUGUCUUGGCAUUAUCAGAGGUCUCAAUGCCCAAAUUCAGGGACUUGAAACAGAACUCCAUAUUAUGAAACAGCACCUAGAACUUUGCAAGGAGAAGGAAGAACUUGAUGGGAAAAAAAACCAAGCAAAAGAAGACUUGCAGCAUGAUCAAUCUGAUGGUCUCAAUUUCCCAUCACCAAUCGUCCCUGAUCUGCCCUCUCAUGUCAUGGCUGAGAUGAGAAAAUAUGAACAAGGAUACAAUUACUGGUCAACUUUGGAAGAUGCAGAAGAGGAGGUCUUUGACAUCCAGCUCAUAGAACCAGUAUUAUUUGAAUCCAAACUGAAGGGGAAUGCAAGUUCUAGUGGAUCAGGAAAAUCCAGUUGUAGUGCUGCUGCCUCCAAGGCCCAAGAGAAGCAACCUUCAGAGAGUUUGCAAGAGAAAACUACAGAAGAUGAGGCUUGA